AUGGCUUCGGAGCGUGCAGAGCGCGAGCGUCCGGAACAGCGCGACCAGCGCGAGCAACGCAGCGGCGGCAAGUCGGCGUCGUCGUAUUCUUCGUCGUCGCGCAUCGGGCGCCCACCAUCGGUGCUCUCUGUCCGCCGCAGUGGAGGCUCGCAUUCAAGGGGUCAGUCGCGGUCAAGCGAAGAGCCCAGCUACCACAGCCAACCUUCCUCGCCCAUGACUUACUUCCCCAACCCGUCCACAUUUACUCAAGAACCAAGUCAUACCAACACAUUCCAACAUCGAUCGUCGAGCGUGCAGACCUCUCCUUCCUUGUCUUCCGCGCGCUUCGUCGGCUCCGUUUCCCAAUCUUCGCUGUCUUCCGAGCCCGACGAUUUAGACGUGUCGUCAAACACGCCCCGACUGCCGGCGACUCACCCGACUGUAUCUGACACCGCCAGCGCUCACCAGCAACAGUUCUACAUGCCUACCCCGUCUGCGCUCCACCUUCCACCUCCGUCGGAGCAGCCGGCUGCGUCCACGUCUGCGCCUUCACCCCGCAUCACUCCUUCCCGGCGUAGCGCUAGUGUCGCCGCGCCCGGCCGCAGCAGGCAAUCGACGACCAACUACGGCGCGACCGAACCGGCGACGCCCGGCUUAUUGCCUUCCUCGUCUGCGAGUACCACGGACAGGGGACGAUCCUCUGACAAUUCUUUACCGUCUGGCUUACCGGGGGGCCUUAACAUUGACCCGCGUCGUAUCGCCAGCACUUCAGGUGCAAUCAUGGUCGGCGGAGGCCCAAGCUCGCGCCACGGGGACGGCCCUGCGCUGCCGCCGCCGAGCUCCUACUCAGGCAUCACUCGAACGCAGCCUCAAACGACCGCCAGCACGCCAAGGCUCCGAACCAGCGCCAUGGGUGAGAACGGUACGGGCUCUGCCAUUCGUUCGGGCUCCAAGACGCCAGGUCCUGUCCCUUCCUCUUCCCGAACUCACCGCCGCGGGGCGAGCACUGCUAGCAACCACCUUGUUCCUACGACGCCCUCUUUAGUCCUCCCAUCGCCCGUUUCGCCAUCUGGCUCGACCAUGUUGAACCGCUUCAAGAAGACGGCGAGCUCGAUCGGCUUUGGUCGCGACCGUGCAGGCGAGUACGAUGCUGACUCGGACUACGAUUCGUACGACGACGGAGAGGAUGACGGCAGACGUGCGAAUGGCACCCGAGUGUGGUACGCGUCGUAUGUCACCAUCGACUGGCUGCACGAUGCCAUCAAGGAGUCGACGCGAGUACGCCGGCUGCGGACACGAGCUCGCCGAUCACUGCGGGGCGCUAUUGCCAACGCCUGGGACCGCUUCCAGGGCUGGCUUCUUGCCACUCUUAUCGGUAUCUUGACUGCCAUGGUCGCCUUCCUCAUCAUCCGCUCGGAGAUGGUCUUCUUCGACCUGAAGAACGGCUACUGCUCCAGCAAGUGGGGAUCGCCGAAACGCUUCUGUUGCGCUCCGAAGGGCCACCCGGACAAUGGUGACGAGGCCUGCGAGGACUGGGUGUCCUGGGGACAAUUCUUCGACAGCAGCGAGACGGACCGCGACGCCUCGUUCUUCAGCGAGCCCGAGUUCAUCAUGUACUUUUGCGUCGCAAUUGCCCUCGCGUGUACCGCCAGUGCUCUGACGUAUUACCUCACCUCGUCGGCAACGCAUGUCACUUCGAAGGACUCGGCCUUCCUCGGCCCCGCGCUCAACACCAACAGCCCUCUGGCGUCACCUGUCAAGCUCCCCGACGAACGUAUGCCUCUCCUCUAUCGCCAGAGCGAGGAGGAGCGUCCUCCUGAGCCGGCCCGUCCCGUCAUUUACUUUGCCGGUGGCAGUGGUAUCCCGGAGAUCAAGACCAUCUUGUCAGGCUUCGUCAUCCACGGCUACCUCGGUCUGUCCACGCUGCUUGUCAAGUCUAUCGGACUUGCCAUGUCUGUCGGAUCAGGCUUGUCGCUCGGCAAGGAAGGCCCCUUCGUCCACAUCGCGUCCUGCAUUGCCAACAUUUGCUCUCGCUUCUUCUCCAAGUACGAGACAAACGAGGGCAAGCGCCGCGAGAUCCUCUCGGCUGCGUGCGCUGCCGGAGUGGCCGUGUCUUUCGGCGCGCCGAUUGGUGGUGUCCUCUUCUCGCUCGAGGAGGUCUCGUACUACUUCCCUCCCAAGGUCAUGUGGCGCUCGUUCUGGUGCGCCGCCUGCGCUGCGCUUGUUCUCAAGGCGCUGAACCCGUACGGCAACGGCUCGAUCGUUCUCUUCGCUGUCACCUACACCUCUGAAUACCACUACUGGGAGUUUGGCAUCUUCAUCAUCCUCGGCAUCUUCGGCGGUCUCUACGGCGCUCUGUUCUCGCGCCUCAAUAUCAUCUGGAGCCGCGACGUCCGCAAGGGCACUUGGGUCGGCCGCCACCCCAUUUUCGAGGUUGCGCUUGUCACCGCCCUCACCUGCGUUGUGUCGUUUAUGAACCCGUACACGCGCCUGGGCGGCAACGAAUUGGUGGGCAAGAUGUUUGCCGAGUGCAGCGUUGACACUACGUCGUCGCUCUGCAUCGGUCCCAACAACCCCGCCGGCAAGGUCAUCUGGACUGUUUUCAUCGCUCUCGUCAUCAAGGCGUCUCUCACGAUCAUCACCUUUGGUCUCGCUCUCCCUGCGGGUAUCUUCAUCCCUUCUCUCGUCAUCGGCGCGUGUUUCGGUCGUAUCGUCGGUAUCGUCAUGGAGCUCGUUCAGCACAAGUACCCCACGCUCGGCAUGUUCGAGGGCUGCACCAAGUGUGUCAUCCCUGGCGUUUACGCCAUGAUCGGUGCGGCUGCCACCCUCGCCGGCGUCACCCGCACCACCGUCUCGCUCGCCGUCAUCAUGUUCGAGCUCACUGGCACCCUCAACUACACCGUGCCCGUCAUGCUUGCUGUGCUCGUCGCGAAGACUGUGGCUGAUGCGCUCGAGAAGCGCGGCAUCUACGAGCUCGUUAUCGAGCUCAAGAAGCUGCCAUACCUGAGCGACAAGGAGGAGGUCCUGUUCGGUGGCCGCUUAGUCUCCGAAGUGAUGGAUCGCGAGGCCCCUACUCUACGUGCUGACAAGCCUCACACCGUCCGUGAGCUCACUGGGCGCCUUCUCGAACUCGUUCGCCUUGGUUACGAGGAUGCCGGAUUCCCGGUGCUCGUCAAGGAGGCGGCCGUGGACCGGGAAGGACGCACGUACCCCGUGUUGCGCGUACUCGGUUUCCUCGGUAUCAAUGAGAUGGAGCAUGCCCUGAACGCACUGGCAGACGAGCCGGACGCGGUUGUCAAUCUCACUCCUGACGAGGUGAUGCGCUCGUCCCGCCUAUCCAUCUUCAGCUUCUCCGAGAGCGUUGAUGGUCGCCACAACCCGUACGACCUGAGCCAGUACAUUGACCGAGCACCCAUCACCGUCCAGAUGCACUCGCCCCUGGAGCUCGUCCAGGAGCUCUUCAUCAAGCUCGGAUCGCGCCAGAUCCUCGUCACCGACUCGCGCGGCACGUACCGCGGCGCCCUGUACAAGAAGCAGUGGAUCGCAUACCUCGACGACCUCGAGCAAGACCAUUCUUGA